AUGUCCUGACCUCAGUUGAAGCCGGAAAGCAUAUGGAUUUAAUUUGCCGAUUAUUAGGAAUUAAGGAUAAAGACAAUAUUGAAAAACUAUUUUUAUUGGCAAAGACUAGAACUAGGGUGCCCUCUAUUGUGAGCAGAGCAAAAACUUUAGGCGAUGAAGAGCAUAAGUUAGCUGAUGAUUUGAACGCAGCUUUAGACCAUGCAAUUGAAGAAAAAACUAAGUUAUCACCAGAUGAAAUUGAUAGCGUUGUAGAAAAAUAUUUAAAUCAGUUGGAUAAUAAAGAUAAUAUACCACAAACCCCUGUGAUAGCAUCCCGUCAGAAAGAAGUCGAACCAGAAUCUCCUACAGAACCAUUAGAUAAUAGCAUUGUUUCGAAGACAGAUGAGAUUGAACCAAAACCAAAGUCUCUUUUCGACAGCUUAAGAGAAAGACUGGCUGCUAGAAUGCCAACUCCCAAACCCCAUGUACAAAAGUUUAUACCUCAUAGCGAUGGUCUUGAUGAUCAAAUGACCAGUGAUCCUGUAGAAGAGUCGUUAGUACCUAAAUCAAGACAUGGAGACAGUGAUGAUUUUGCAAGUAAACCAAUAUUACAACCUAAGAACACACUUGAAUCAGUAAAUCAAGUUGUUGAACCGGAAUCUGUUGGGUCAAGCAAAGACGUUGAAGAUCAUUUGAACAACAUUAAUUUUGACAAUCCAGCUGAUGCCAAAGAUAUUCUGGAGAAUUUAAAGAAACAAGUUUCAAAUGCUCAAGGAAACGAGGAUUUGGACAGAGCCAAAAGUGUUUUAGAACGUAUUCAAACAAUGGUUAAAGAUUUAGAAGAACAUGAAAGAAAUAAAUUAAAUACUAAAAGAAAAUUGGAUUUAAUUGAAGAGAGUCUUAAUAAGGAUAACGAAAAUGAAGCUCCCACUAUACUAAGUCGCUCAAAUGAUAACACCGAGAAACCGGAACCAACGGAAAACAAAGAAAUUGAAGAUAAAUUAACACUUAAUAAAAUGAACAAUUUACCAGAACCAACAGAAAUGAAAAAUGAAGACAAUACAUUAGAGGCAACUAACAAAGUAACACCCCAAAAAUUCGACUCAGAAGAUCCCAGCUCAAAUGCACAAAAACCAGAAGAAUUGAAACCUAGAAUGUUAGAUACCCUUUCCAAAAAUCUUAUUGAACAACCUAAGAAAAAUGAUAUACUAGAAAACAUAAGAAACAAAUUAAAAAAUCGUGAAAAUACGUUGGGCAAACUUGAAUUACCACACAAAUCUCUUUUUGAGAAUAAGAAGGCAUCGAUGGAUUCACUAACUAAACGAAAUGAUAUGGGAACUCUAAAAGAACCAAAUACUCAAAAUGAUAAAAUACCAAGUAACAAAAUCUCUAGUGACUUAUUCGACUUUAUAAAAAAAUCUCGAGAAGAGGUUUUACAAAAACAAGCAGAGUUAUUAAAAAUGCAAGAAGAACAACGUGAAAAUCUUUUGGAAAGUAUCAAAAACAAAUUUUUAAGUAAUACACCACAAAUUUCUGAUUCAAAGUCACCUAUAGAACAGGCAAAAUUGGAAGAUGCUGACAAAAUUAAUGAAGCUCCCGAAUUAAAAUCUCGAAAUACCUUUGACGAUAAAGAAGAUAUCAUUGGAAGUCAAGCAAAUCCAUUAAAGGAAAAUGACUCUAAUGUAUAUUUUGUGGGAGACGGGGUUAAAUUACCUUUGAAAAUGAUACCUGGUGAUGAAGGUUCCAUACAUUUAUCGGUAGAUAUAGACAAAAUUUGUUUAUGCAAAAACUCGACUUGUCCGAAAAAAAGAGAUAUUGCAGCUGUCUUAGGUACUAUUUUAGAAAAAGAAGCAGAAUUGAAAACAGAAUUGGAAUCAACAAGUCACCAUGGAUUAUCUACUAAAAUAGCUAGGAGUACUGAUAAACUUAUACAUGACUUAGAAAAUGCUGGUUUCGAUAUUCAACAAGAAAUUGUGGUUUUGCCAAAUGAAAAUGUUACAGUACCAAUUUUAACUGAAUUAAAAGAUAUUCAAACAAAUGAACAAUUAGGGUCAGAAUCUACUUUUUUUCAUGAAAAUAAGGCACCCGUAGAUUCACAAUUUAAGGAUAAUAAAAAUGAUGUAAAAAAACAAAAUCAUUUUGAAUCAAUUCAUGAGUACGUUGCUCCUACAAAAACGGAACAUAAUAGUGCAUUACCACAUAUAACAAAGGAAGAAGAAAAAAUUUUAAAUCAUUAUCUUCAAACUACAACCGAAUCAGGUAACGAAAUAACAACUUUUAGGUACAUGGAAUCGAAUUCAAAUAAUGAAAAGGAACCUGAAUAUAAAACAGCUGCUGUUACUAAAGAAUAUACAACAACAUAUAAACCCAGCAUGGAACAAGAAUUAUCUAACAAUGCUAAUGAAGAAUUUGACGAAACUCUAAAAAUUAAACCUUAUAAAAGUGCCAAAAUGGGAAAAGAAUAUAUUUCAACUCAUUACAUCGAUAAUUCGAGAACAAAUAUGGCAACAAAUGGUAAAUUUCCUACAUCGAAAUUAGAAAAGAUGGUAACUCCAGAAUCAGAUUUAACAACUAAUAUAUUAUCAUUUAUGAAAAAUCUAGCUGGAAAUUAAAUUUACGUAACUGUACAUGCUUUAAGGUUUAAAUAAAAACAUACAAGGAAAAA